AUGAAUAUUAAAAUUACACGCUAUAUUUUUGCAGGUUCAAUAUUCCUCUUUGGUAUAGUGUUGUUAAUUCUUUCUGUAAUAUUUGAAAGGCCUAAAGUAGAGAAUGAUGAAGCACAAACCGUAGAAUAUCUUGAUGAUUUUCAAUUUAAUGCCAAACUUAACAAAUGCGUACAAGAUGCUCAGAAAUCAAUAUAUAUAAUAUGCAAAAAUCUAACUGCUUCACCUGAAUUAAAGAAAAAUCUUGAAGCUGCUAUAAAAAGAAACGUUAAAUUAAAUAUUAUUGCAGAAUACUGUUCACCAAUCGAUGGGUAUACACCGCCCAAACAAGAUUUCUCGAAAUCUUAUGAAAAUGGAAUUUCUUCAAGUUUAAUAAUUUUUGAUUCAGACAAAGCCCUUAUUCCAUCAAUGGAACUUUCUCACCAAAAUAGUCAAACAGCUUUAUACUUCGAAAAAGCCCCAUCUUUAAUCAAUGAUUUACGUAAUUUUUAUAAUCUUGGAGAAUAUUAUGGGUCGGGAAAGGACAAUGAUAGAGUUUGGCCGGAUAAACUAUUAGUACACUACAAUUACUAUCAACCGCAUAAAUUUAAUUUAGAUGGCGGAAUAGGAAAUUUAUCUUUUGCUCAAUCAGGCACUAAAAUACCACCUGUUCGAGAUAGUCACUAUCAACCAUUCAAAGAUGUUAUAAAUUCAAGUGAUGAACAAGAAAUUCUUGUAAGUACACAAAGAUUUAUUCAAAAUCAAUCUCAUACUCCUCAUUUUACACUUCAGAACCAGCUUAUUAAAUGUGCAGCUAGAAAUAAUAAUACAAAAAUUAAAAUAUUAGUUUCUAUCCAUGAUCUUGAUAUUAAUUUUAAUCAAACUCUUCGUUGGGUUUCAUCAGUCUGUUCAAUGAAAAAUAUUGCUGCAAGAAUUACUUCUGAAAAACACAUUCCAAGUUAUGUUGUUGUUGGUAAUCAUAGUUUCAUAUUUAGUUCUUAUCCUUUAUCGGAUAUCUUAUUUGAUAAUUCAUAUGGUUUUACUGUUAUAGGAAGAAACUUUUCUAAAAUUGCCGACGCGAUGAGAAAAGAAUUCUAUAAAGUCUACGAUAAAUCCGAGAACUUUACCUGUUGGCUUGAUAGAAUAUGGGAUGAUAUCAAAAUUAAUCAUUCUGAUACCUGUUUGUUUUAG